CUGGGAGGGGAGGGGCUGGUCACCCCGUGGUGCCCUUAUAAAACUCAACGUUUAACCUACUCACGCCGGCUUGUGCCCGCCCUCACAGUCGGCCAUAUUUGCGGAAUACACCACGCCGCCGUUGACCCUGCAGGCCAUUGACCGAGCAACCCAACGUUCCUACCAGCUACCUCCGCAGCAGGACAAGGUGUUUUUGUUUGUUCCUGGGUACUAAGUGUUAUUUUCCAAUUGUUUAUGCCUCUAAAGUACAGAAAAUGGCUCUUAUUCCCCACAAACGUAUACGCUACACGGAUUUCACGACACAAACACCUCCACUGUGGAUCAUAUUCUGAUCAGCACCGCAAUCGAUUAAUCGGUUUUACUUUUAAAUCGCCAAUUGCCCCGAAUCAAUUACGACGGAUCGAUGCCUUAUAAACAAGUGACCCCGUCGAUUCCUACCCACAACGACAGAAUUAGGAAUCGAUCCACGCGCGUUUGGAAUCGAUGAACCCGACGAAUCCGUCGCCCGAGAGAAACGAUUCGAUUAUUUUUUGUAAAACUCGGAACCUCCUUUCGCUUAGGAAUCGAUUCGAGUCGACUGCGGCGCUUUAUCAAGUCGGCGAAUCGAUCCCCGUUCGGAGGCGUCGCGCGGAAUCGAUUUGCCACUCGCGAAACUAAACGUGCGAAUCGGAUCGAUUCCGAAGUUUGGGCACCUCUCGUUACCCGUAGUUUCAUCAUCCUUGGGUGGUCGGUGUUGGAAGCGUGGCUCCGCGUUUUUUUAAUAAAAUUGUAACAUUUUGACAACGUUUACGUUUAGAUUUGUUUAUUUUAUUUUAAAAGUUAAAUCCAAACAAUCGACAGAGUGACAAAGGCGGACCCCAUUCAUUCAUUCACGACGACGGCGGCGAAAUCGGUGACGACUUUGCUGCCUUGAAAGCCGGUGAUGUCGUCCCUGACGCUGUACGCGCACACCGGUGGUGAUGGGGGAGAUGUGGAUGUCAUCACCGCCCGCGUCCUCAUCACCGCCCGCUUCUCCGGGGUCAACAUCAACGUCACCACCGACUCCACGCGGAUACCUCGGGUUCUCUGGAAGUCCCUCCCGGUCCUGGAAUCGAACUCGGGCUUCAAGCUCUCGGGCGCCCACGCCAUCGCCUACUACCUGGCCAGGCUGGGGCCGGCACCAGGCCCGGAUCGGUGGGCGGGGCUAGGCCAGGGGGAGGAGCAAGAGGCCAGCGUCCUCCAAUGGGUGGCCCUGGCCGAGGGCACGUUGCUCCCGGCAACCGUCGCCGCGUGCUACCCCUCCGUCGCCGGGGGCGACCAGCGCAAGGUGGCGUCGCGAGCCAGAGCUGAGAUCUUCAGCGCCCUCUCCGCCCUGGACUCGACGCUGCGCCAGCGAACAUUCCUGGUCGGCGAGCGCCUCUCCCUCGCCGACGUGUCCGUGGCGACGGCGCUGAUGCUGCCCUACGCCCACGUGUUGGACGCCGCCGCCCGCGGGCGCCACCCUCACGCCACCCGCUGGUUCCUCACCUGCGCCCAUCAGCCCGAGUUCCUCUCCGUGCUCGGGCCCGUCGCCCUGACGCGCCAGCCCGCCGGGGCCGAGGGUCACCCGGCCCCGGCCAAAGGUCAGCCUGCUGGGGCCAAAGGUCACCCGGCUCCGGCGAAAGGUCACCCGGCUCCGGCCAAAGGUCACCCGGCUCCGGCCGAGGGUCACCCGGCCCCGGCCAAAGGUCAACCCGCCGGGGCCAAGGGUCAGCCGGCCGGGGCCAAGGGUCAGCCCGCCGGAGCCAAAGGUCACCCGGCCCCAGCCAAAGGUCAGCCCACCGGGGCCAAGGGUCAGCCCGCCGGGGUCAAAGGACAAGCCGCCGGGGAGAAAGGUCCAGCGGCCGCAGAGGGCGCAGCGAACGGAGACGACGCGAAGCCCAAGACGUCGGCGCAGCUCAAGAAGGAAGCGAAGAGGCGGGAGAAGCUGGACAAGUUCCAGCAGAAGCAGGAGAAGGUGAAGUCGCCUCGCCCCGACCAGCAGCAGCAGCAGCAGCAGCAGAAGAAGGCCAAGGUGGAGAAGAAAGAGUUGGAGGUGAUCACCUACGACGUGGACACCCCGCCCGGAGAGAAGAAGGGUGAGAGGCGUGCACCUAGCCUGGCGCGGUGACGCGGUGGCACUGCCGUUGUUGCGUCUGUGUGUGUGUGUGUGCCCAGGUGUGUGUAUGUGUCUGUGUGUCCAGGUGUGUGUGUGUCUGUGUUCCCAGGUGUGUGUCUGUGUGUGUGUGUCUGUGUGUGUGUGUGUGCCCAGGUGUGUGUGUGUGUACACAGGUGUGUGUGUGCCCAGGUGUGUUUGUACCCAGGUGUGUGUGUGUCCAGGUGUGUGUGUGUGUCUGUGUGUGUCCAGGUGUGUGUCUGUGUGUGUCUGUGUGUGUGUGCGACUGUGC